AUGGAGCUUCAGGACAUUCUGUAUGAGGGUUCACAAUAUGUCGAGACCGCUAGUGGGAAUAGAGUAAGUCGAGACGCUGUAAUUUGUGGUAGUCAAAAUAUCGUCCUCAAUGGUAAAGCGAUCAUCAUGUCUAACUGCAUAAUUCGUGGAGAUCUUGCUAAUAUUCGUAUCGGUCGUCGAUGUGUCAUCAGCGAAGGGGCCGUAAUUCGUCCUCCAUUCAAGAAAUUCUCUAAAGGUGUUGCAUUUUUCCCUCUCCAAAUUGGUGAUCACGUAUUUGUUGGUGAAGGAGCGGUCGUUAAUGCUGCUCAGAUCGGUGCUUACGUUCAUAUUGGAAGAAACUGCGUAGUCGGUCGCCGGUGUGUCUUGAAAGACGCCUGUGCCUUGUUGGAUAACACGGUAUUAGCUCCAGAAACGAUCGUUCCUCCUUUUGCAGUUUUUGGGGGUUCACCCGGUCGAUUAGUCGCCGAGCUACCAGAAUGUACACCGGAAUUGAUGGCAGAGUUAACCCGCUCGUAUUAUGAGCACUUUGUACCAAAUCCAGCUACUGUUCAGACGAAUGUCGGAGGUUCUAAACGAAUUUCGACUGCGAGGAGAUGA